AAACACCAAGCCCGUCGUCUAUUGUAAAACCUAGAUUCAUCGGAAAUUGCGAAGCUUAACCUGUAAGCGAGUCUUGGCAAUUGAUAGCAGUUGGCCAGCAAGAUGAAUGCAAUCAUAAUUCGUUAUCUCGGUAGCCUUCUCUGUCACUUGAUCUCUCUGACAUGGCUCGGGUCGUACAGGAGAACACAGUGACACCCAACAGGUGUCACUUCCAUAUAUGUGCUUUGGCUUGCGUAUGGUCGGGUCUAUUCUAUUACUGUAUGGUAGGUUCGCCUUCUCUUGAGUCCGACGAUUGCGCCCGGGGUGCUUUAAAGAUAUUCACCCCCGUAUGGAAUUGCUGUUUCCUUGCUUUUGAAAUGUCCUCUACUUUAGAUGUCGGACGGGAACAGUCGUGGAAGUUUACCGUGAGCCUCCGACAAGCUCUGUAGGACUGUUCACGGGUAUGCCAAAUUAUGCAGUAAUGUUUUCAUUCUGCAAGUGGCCUACCAACGCAGAUGUUAAUCUUCCACAU